CAAAGGCAUCAAUUUUCGUUGAAGCGCUCAAACCAGAGUCCCACCACCGACGCCUUCGUUCAUACAUGAGCUGCUCGCACUACGAACGAGGGUGCCAUCUCUUGGCGGACUGCUGCGGGGAAUGGUUUCCAUGCCGACUCUGCCACGACGACGAGAGCGACCACGCAAUGAAUCGACAUGCGGUGAAGCGAGUCCGUUGCCGCAAGUGUCGGUGCGAGCAGCAGCCUCAAAAGACGUGCGAAAAGUGCAAGCAUGUGCUCGGGCAGUACUUUUGCAGUGUCUGCAACCUAUUCGACCACAAGGGCGGCGACAAGGCCAUAUUCCAUUGCGACCAGUGCGGUAUUUGCAGAGUCGGCGGCCGCGACAAUUUCUUUCACUGUGGUACAUGUGUCGGGUGCUACCCCAUCUCUGGGCAGUCGACCCAUAAGUGCGUGAGUGAGGCGAUGCUCAAGGAAUGCUGCAUCUGCUUGGAGGUAGUAAUCUGGCCCUAUUUAUCUUGGUCGUUGAUGUUGUCGUGCUGUAUAUUAGGACAUGUUCAAUUCACGAGAAAGCCCGUCGAUCCUCCGGUGCGGACACAUUCUGCACAUGGCGUGCUUCAAGAGCAUGGCCAAGUUUGCGCGCACGAGAUUUGAAUGUCCGUUGUGUCGUGGCUCCCUUUUGUCGUCCGACGAUGAAGUAGCAGCACACGAUGACGAACGCGGCAUGGACGGGGGAAGCAAUCAUGCUGACCAGGUCGACGAAGACGGUUCGGAAGGAGGCGAUGACGAGUUUGAUGACGACAGCAGCUAUGAAUUGUUGGGAGAUAGUCCAAUGGACGACGAAGGUGACGACGAGCAGAUCGUGGGUGACGACAGAACCUUGUAGCUACAAAUAGAGACCAAAUUCCACCAUUUUUCAGUGUUUAUAAAUGUUCUAG